AUGGGAAAAGCUGGGAAAACUGGGACUACCAAAGCAGCCCUAAUUGAUGGGUUGAACGAGUUUGACCACAAGUUCUUUGGAAUCACUGAGGCAGAGGCUGACUUCAUGGAUCCCCAGCAGAAGCUCCUGCUGGAGUGCACCUACAGAGCCCUGGAGAAUGCUGGGAUAUCCAUGGAGAAGGCCAGUGGAACCAGAACUGGGGUUUUCAUUGGACUCAUGAAUAGGGACUAUGAGACACUUCUGAACAACAGCCCAACCACCAUUACCCACUACAACGGCACAGGAACAGCCAUAAGCAUAGCUGCCAACAGGAUCUCCUACACCUUCAACUUCGCUGGCCCCUCAUUGGGUAUUGACAGUGCCUGCUCAUCCUCUCUAGUGACUCUUCACUAUGCUGCCCAUGCAGUUAGACAAGAUGGCCGCUCUGUCACUCCAAUCACCAGGCCAUGUCUAAAAUGUCUGGCAUAUACAUCAGCAUGUCGGAGAAGCCACCUAAAGCACACAUACAGAGUGUUUCUGACAUCCUCUCUCAGUGACUUACAGGAGCAACUCAGAUUAGCACAAAGCUUAAAAUUAGUUUUUGUGUUUUGUGGAAAUGGAGUGACUUACAGAGGCAUGUGCAAGGAACUGUUGAAAGAGGAGCCAAUUUUCAGAGAAAAGAUGAAGGAGGUUGAGAACCUGUUUCUGAAUUACAAAAGCUCUAACAUUUCACAAAAACUGGAAAAUGACUAUGACAAUGAUGAUUAUUCAAAACCAGAUGUUGUCCAACCCCUUCUCUUUGCUAUCCAGGUUGCCAUUUUCAGCCUUCUAAAGCACUGGGGUAUUACACCUGAUGCCAUUCUUGGGCACUCUGUAGGAGAGGUUGCCGCUGCCCAUUGCUCUGGUCUGCUGUCUCUUGAGGAUGCAGUAAUGGUGAUCCAUUUCCGCAGUAUGUUGCAGAGCAAGGUGACAGGAGGGAAGAUGCUUGUUGUCAGUAACAUAGAGGUAUCAGAAAUCCUGCCUGCUUACUCAGGGAAGGUCUGCUUAGCUGCCUUCAACAGCCCUCAGUCUUGUACCCUAUCAGGUGAGGGAGAUGCAGUUGACUGUCUUCACCAUAAGUUGAAGACCUCCUUCAACAACAAGAAUCUGUUCCUUCACAUUUUAGAUGUCCGUGCUGCUUACCAUAGUCAUAUGAUGGACCCCAUCCUGGACCAAAUACAGAGCAGCAUAGGAUCCUUGCAGGAGAAUGAAAUGGAGGCAGAAUUGUUUUCAACGGUGACUGGAGAGCUAUGUUCCCAAUUGGAUUUUAGCUCAGGGAAAUAUUGGGUGAGGAAUGCCCAUGAGCCAGUUGCAUUUGAAAAGGCUUUGCAGGCUUAUACUGCCCUCUCUCAGGACGGAUUUCUGUAUGGUUCAGUCUUCCGACAGCUGGGAGAUGUGUACUAUGGUGAGGAAUUCAAGGAGGCUAUUUCAACCUUCAGGGUUUCUGAUGAAAUGAUGUGCCAGUUGCAGGACUACUAUGUUCAUCCUGUAAAGCUCCCAUUUCUCAAGGAAGUACCAUGCGUUUCCUUCUUUAUCCUUGCAUGGUAAAUCUUGCAUCGUAUACUCCCAAAAGUAAGACAAAAGAACAAGUUGAGCAUUAUUUCUCUUGAACCUAAUUCAAAUCUUUUGCAGGUGCUAAUGUUUACUGCAAAUCAGUCAGGGUGGAAUGCCAUUGUAGGGACCCAAUUUAGUGGACUGCUACAGAAUGUGAACAAGUGUGAUGCAUUUGUCCUUUUGCCUCCAUUUGAUGCAUCAUUGGUUGCUAAAGCUUGCAGUGUUUCUACUGUCAGAAACAUUGCUUUGGUGUAUGAGGUCAGGAUGCCUCCAAUUCUUUUGCAAAACAUGUUUAGAACUGAUAGUGAAAAUGUCUGUGUUCAGAUCAUUCAGGCGGCUAUUCUGUUCCAGAAGGCAUACCUGAAGAAGCAGAAAGCAUUGCUUUACAGUUGGCUGAAAUCAAUGCAAAUUAUGGAAAUUCCAGUACUGAAAAACACCAUCUUUCAAAGAAUGAUUUCAAGAAGCAUUGAAUGCUGUUCUGUUCAGGAAUCAAAAUCCUACUUCAGCUCAGACACCACAUCUGUAGUUGUGCUUGAUGGAAACACUAAGGAUGAGGUCUCCAACCUUCCAAUACAAGAGAAGCCAAAACAACCUUUUCAGCAGAAAUCUGUUUACAUCGUGGCAGGGGGUCUUUCUGGGCUGGGGUUUGAAACAGUGAAGUUCAUUGCUCAAAGAGGAGGUGGGUGCAUUGCCAUUUUCAGCAGAAGGUCUUCGUCUCAUUUGCAACAUGAGAUAUCCGACCUGCAGAAUCGGUAUGGAGUGUCAAUCAUCAGUCUACAGUGUGAUGUGUCAGUUUCAGAACAGGUUGUGAAGGCAGUCACUGCAAUUGGACAGAUGUUUCCUUCUUGUCCAAUCAGAGGAGUAUUCCACAGUGCAGUCGUCCUGCAUGAUGGUCUACUUGAAACUCUUGACAAAUCACACUAUGAAAAAGUGUUCAAGCCAAAGGUUAAUGGUGCUAUGAAUCUCCAUCAUGCAACAAAGCGCUGCAAACUUCACUACUUUGUGUGCUACUCUUCCAUCACUUUCAUUGGCAAUGCCACUCAAACAAACUAUGCCACUGCCAAUUCGUUCCUGGACAUGUUUUGUUAUUAUCGGAGGCUUGGACUGGCUGCACAGUCCAUUAACUGGGGGGCUUUGAACCUCGACCUCCUAUUGAACAAGGAAUCUUUACAGAGAUUUUUGGAGACUAAGGGAAUGACAGUGAUGCAAGUAGCAGAAAUUCAUGAAGGCCUGGAGCAAUGUUUGUUGCAAAACAAUGCCCAACAGGUUGUGUACAAGUUCAGCUUCACAAACCUUCGGAGGCAUGUGCUGUCUCAAAACACAUCCCUCAAAAUGCGUCUGUCAGCUUUGGUAGAUGAAGAACUGAGAAACAUCAGCCUAACAGAACCUAGUGUACAACUGUCAACUUCACCCUCCUCACCAGGGGAAUAUGUCAGGACCAUGAUCAGCGAGACUUGCAAUGUAGACCUUCAAGAGCUGAGUGAUGGUACUACACUCUCUGCUCUGGGUGUCGACUCCAUGGUGUCCAUGACUCUGCAGAACCUCAUGUUUCAAGAGACAGGAGUCAAUGUUCCCCUUGUUAAAUUACUGGACCCAAACAGUACAAUCUCUACGUUGGUGUCAAUCUUGGAGGAAAGAGAAGAUCGGCAACUUAAGAAAGAUGUCAAAAAAUCUACUCUGAGUUUGACUGAACACGGAAAAUAUGAGAUCACACAGUUUUAG